UCCCAGUUUCCCGGCAUGCUCAGCCGAUUUCAGGCUCUUGCACUCGCCACCCUCCGACUCAGUUGGUGUUUUGACAGUGUCCGUGUCUUUUUUGUUUUCUCCGUUUUGGUGUUGUUAUUAUUUUCCCAUUUUUUCUCAUCACUCCGUGGACUUGUAACCUACCCGUUUUUGACGGUUUUAUAACUUCGCUGGUGCUGUUAGUGUAGUAUUUCGUGCGCGCGGCAUUCGUUUCCACAAGGUUCGCUUUCGUCAUCGUUGGGUCCGCGAAUCGAACCGUGUGCGUUUUAUUUCCGGUUUUCCACCCACGGGCGGCUUUUUCGCUGGACGAUGCUGUGAGGGAUGUCACUCUGUUUUCCGUUUGCAGUGACAUGUAUUAGCAUCGCUCGUCGGACGCUACUCGACACUCCGAUGUUUACUUUCUUUGACCUACAUUCGUCUACUAUCACAGGUUCCUCGCCGCAGCUUCCUUAACUUUAACAUUUAAAUUAAUUAUCCAUGCCGGUUUCGUUUGUAAAAAUAUGUUCCGCCUUUCUGGGCACCAUAUACUUCAUUCUAUUUUUUGAAUGACGACGAUCAUGAGUCGCGCCACCCUCGGGGUCUGAGGACCGAAGGGGUCGGGAAUCUAGUUCGAAACGAACGCAUUUGGCUGCGUGCAACGCUCCGUGGACUGAAGUCAGCCGACGCUUCUCGUUUUCGGCUUCGUAACAUGUGUGACCGGGGAAGAAUGAACCGUUGUGGAGCCCGAAUAAAAACUCUCAAAGCUGCCAGCGGCUUUGUCGAAGAUGACCUGCACUGCGACAAAUGAUGGCGCCCGCUAAGUGAAUUUCUUCACGAAACUUAGUCUGUGAUACAUCAUGUCGGAUCCGGCCGAUAACUUUGACGAUGAGGACCUGGUGUCGAGCAACCCGAACCAGCGAAACUGGCGCGGAAUUAUCAUCGCAAUGCUGGUCAUCGCUGCGGUCCUGGGGUUGAUAGUCACUUCAGUGGUUUUGCUUACUCCACCGGAUGAUGGGCCCCGGAUCAAAGGGGCCAGGAUUCGACUCCAAGAUGUGCUCAAUCAUGAGUUAACGCCUCUUCGACAUAAUGGCUCCUGGAUCUCUGGCGUAGAGCUGAUGUUCAGGGACGAAUGGGGUGGAAUAAGUGCCAUUAACGCAACAAGUCUAGCCAUCCGAACACUUGUAUCAAAUCAAACACUGAGAAGGCUGAAUCCAAUCAAAUUUUCCAUAUCAGCAGAUGGCCAGUUUAUUCUUCUUGUUCACAACGUUCAAAAGCUCUUCCGGCAUUCAUUUUUAGCUCAAUACUCCAUUUACGAGCUAAAAACUACGGAUCUAUUUCCUCUAUUGGUUGGAGAUGUAAAAGGACAUCCGUUUCUUCUACAUGCAGAAUGGUCAUCCGUUGGUCAAAGUCUCAUCAUAGUCCAUGAUUACGAUAUUUAUUAUAAAACAGCACCAAGAGAUGAAAAAACAUUCCGAGUGACUAGAACAGCCGUGCCGGGAAUAAUUAGUAACGGAGUUCCAGAUUGGCUGUAUGAGGAGGAAAUCCUUGGAACGAAUACAGCUUUGUGGAUGUCUUCGGAUGGCAAUUUGCUUCUGUACGCUUGUUUUAAUGACUCUUUAGUAGGAGAAGUGAAAUUUCCGUGGUACGGCACAUCUGACGACUCACAGCAAUAUUAUCCAGAAAUUCGCAGCCUGAGGUAUCCAAAGGCUGGAACUAAUAAUCCCGAGGUGUCCUUAUUUGUAGCAGAUCUAAGUGAUGUGAGCAAUAUAAAAACGAAGCUUCUGAAACCUCCAAUGAUGUUGGGCCAGACCAAGGGCUACUAUUUUAGUGCCGUGACGCUGAUAAGUUCAAAUGAAGCGUGUGUGGUUUGGCUAAAUAGAGCGCAAAACACUUCCAUGACAACAAUAUGCAAAUCUCCAUUGUGGACGUGUAUAGAGGCGCAGAGAGUUAGUGGCGAGGGUCGGGGUUGGGUGGAUCCACAAAGUGCACCUUUAUUUUCGCCGGACGGGAAUGUUUAUCUAACUCUAGUUCCUGUUCGGGACGGUACCUCCGGCUUCUUUAGACAUAUCGUAUCGGUCAACAUUAAUAAGAAACAUAUGCUUCCCCUCACUCAUGGUACCUAUGAAAUCAACAAAAUCGUCGCUUGGGACCACGAACACCAUCUGGCGUAUUAUCUAGGUGUGCCUUCGGAUGAUCCAGCACAACUGCACCUGUACUCGGUGGAGACGGAGGCGCCAAUCACGGGUGGGCCAAUCGCAAAACCGAUUUGCCUGACGUGUCCAGCCAGUCCGAACGCACCACCCGUCAUCCAUUACGAGGGCGCAUCCACGACCAGCGCCAAAUCAGGAUCCGAUCCCUCGAAAAUGUUCUACGACGCCGAGGAGGAGGUCCAAGAACAGGCGCCUACCAAUGAACCCUCUACGAAAAAGAAAAGGAAAAAAAGUACGUGUAUGUGCGAGGAACGAGAGAAACUGGAGGAGCUUUACAAGCCCUGCACGUACCACAAUGUUGUUUUCAGUCCUGACCUAUCGCACUAUGUUCUCGAGUGCCUAGGCCCUGGUAUUCCAACUGUGAGUUUGUACGCCACAAACCCCAAUGGCAAACCACGUCUUCUCACAAUCUUGCAGAAUAAUACAAAGCUCCAUGAGAGGGUAUCGAAAAUAGCGCUGCCGCAAGUCAAAACGUUUCCUGUUCAAAUUUCUGGUGGCUAUCAGGCACACGUUCGGCUGCACUUCCCACCAGGUUUGAAAGAGGAGGAAAUCACCCGCUAUCCCCUUGUUCUGCACGUUUACGGUGGACCAGGCACUCAACUUGUGACUGACAUUUGGAAAAUAGACUGGGAUACAUACUUAUCUAGCACUAGAGAUUAUAUUGUCGCUCAAAUCGAUGGCAGAGGUGCCUCAGGCCAAGGUUAUCAGAAAUUGCAUCAAGUCUACAAGCGCCUUGGAUCAGUGGAAGUUGCAGAUCAACUAGAGGUUACAGAAUACCUACGAGACAAUCUACACGUCAUAGACAAGAGACGAGUGGCCGUCUGGGGUUGGAGCUAUGGUGGCUUUGUAUCGGCCAUGCUGUUAUCCACACCAAAUCAAGAUGUCUUCCACUGUGGAAUUGCUGUUGCCCCUGUUACUUCUUGGAGACUUUACGACUCAGCGUACACGGAGCGAUUCAUGGGUGUGCCGAAUGUGACAGGAAACUACAAAGGUUACGAGGAAAGUGACCUGUCACGACGAGUGGAAGGAUUCAGAGACAAAAUGUUAUUCCUAGUCCACGGAACCGCUGAUGACAAUGUUCAUCUGCAACAAAGCAUGAUCCUAGCUAGAGCAUUAUCAAACGCUGGCGUGCUUUAUAGACAGCAGAUCUACCCCGACGAAGCGCAUACGUUGAGUGGUGCCAAACGUCAUCUCUACCGGAGUAUGGCCAAUUUCUUCGAUGACUGUUUUCGCAAGCAAGUGCCACCCGACUUCAAGGCGGGACUUCGUAACGGAGGCGGAUCCACGUUUGUAGACCAUUAGUGAUCUCGAUUCAUUCCUCUCUUUAUAUUUCAAUUUUUCUACUCUGAAUUUAUCGUAGAUUCCAAAGUUAUAAUUUCUGCGUUGUGAAACACUGAACAGUGUUCGGUCAAUCAAUUAUCAUUCCGAUAAGAAACUUCUUUAUCAUAGUUUUAUAUCGUUAAGUCUUCUCGAAGUGCAAAUUAUUUACGAUAUGUACUGAGCAAUACUAAUUCUAUUUCUAUCUUUCCCGCUUCAAAUUUAAGAUCAAAAUCAACCUCAAGGUAGACGAACGGAAAAAAAUUAUUCAAACUUUGGAGCCUCAUUUCCAACCGAAAAAUGUUUCAAGAGAGGGAAAGGAUAUAAAUUUCCUGUUUUGUUUGAAGAAAACAGCGAGCGUAAUUUGUAAGUUUUUGAGCGCGUUCCUGAAUAGUGAGCCCUAUAACACCACAAGCUGAAAUGCAUGUGUGCUAAUUUUGUCUCAUUCAAUUUUCGCUCUUAGUCUAUUUUUCAUGGGUGCGUGCUUCAAAGUGAGCAUGCCUAGGUGUCUGAUGAUGUUUCAAUCAUAUGGGGAUAAAAAGUGAAUCAGUAAAGAAUGGUCAUUGAGGUUCUCUAGACUUGUUUUCAGAAAAAUGCAGGUGAAUUCAGAAAGUUACAAGGCAUGUUAAAAUGUAAGAUUGAUCCGUCGCACGUGCUGAAAAUCUCAUUUUGAUGGCUCAUAUGCUAGGUUAAUUAGAAAUUUGUAAAGAAACUCUAAACGUGCACGUCUAAAGUUCAUUGAAUAUUCGCUUUUUGAAACAACUGUAAUCGGUGUUUUGCCUUAUUUCUCAUAAAGUGGCAAUCCUUUUUGAUUUGGAUCGAAGAAAUUUGGUACCAAGACAAACAUUCUACGGGUAUGAUCAUUGAAACACGAUCUUAUAGAUACAGUGACGAUUCUUGCAAUUUGGCAGCAUUAUUUUUCAUCAGUUAAAUCCAUCAUAAAGAGCGAUUUUAGGGUGAAGUAGUGUGCCUCACCAAAAAUUAAUUGUUUCACUUGCAUUUAAAUGGAGCAAAAACAGUGUUGCCAAUUUGCAAAAAUCAUCAUAGGACUAUAUGAUGGGGGAACCCUCGCUGAAAUAUCUGCGAGCUACCUUUUCAGGUAAUUAGUAACUCAAAUGCAACAAAUGCUACAUAAUCGUAAUAUCUUCAUCAUUGAAAGAUACCCUCUGCUGCUGACCAUAGGCUGAUCAGGGGAGCUUUAAAUGUUUGUUUAAAGCUUUGGCGGUUAGAGAGUUAAAAAGUUAAUAUCAUCAAUCGCUUCUCUCAGAAUUUUUUUGUGAAAAGACGUAAUUAUGUCUCAAAUACGGAUUGCCACGAAACAUUUCUAUUAGACUUGCUCUGAAAUCGAGGUGUACGAAUCAAAUCACUCAGAUAAACGGUAUUACUCAAAUAGAGUUAUAAUCAAUAAACGAGAAUGCAAAUGCGUUUAUGAGAAGACUUAGGAAGUACCUUUGAGAAGUCUUGACGAACAAGCAGCCCUCCUCAUUAAUUACUUCCUUUUAUAUCAAAUGACGUUUAAAUAGUGAAUGAUAGUUUGGAUUUAAUAAUCCGUAGUUCGCCUCAUUUCAAGUGUUCCACAUUGUGAGUUAGCAGUGAUAAUGUGCGUAGAGUUUAACAUAGGCCUGCGCUACAUUCACAUGUUGCCAGAGAUACUCACGGCAUACGGCACUUCUUCUUUUAAUGUCCCCAUCGAUGUGGACUAAUGAGACUUAAAUCCGGACUAUUCUUCCUAGAUUGUUUAAAUUUUCAAAUAAAGUUAUUUAUAUUUUUAUUACUUUAAUUUUGAAAUCUAAGUACUUCCUCUGACAUUAAUUAGUGAAAAUCAUUAUGAACUGUUUGGUUUAUCAAAUUAAUAGUUCUUAAACUUGUGAUACAGCUUCAAUUUUCUUUCAUUUUAUUUUUCAUAGUUUUGAAGAUUUAGUAUAGGUGUUUAAAGCGUUAAUUAUAGUUCAGUUGAUGAUUAUUAGUCAUUAAAACUCUUACCCAAAAUAUCAUCCAUUGAGAAACGUUUAGGGUCCUUAUCCCUAGAAUAGGAUACAAGUAGCCCCGAACACUUUAACUUACUUUGCCUUCAAAAUCCUAGUAUUAAAUCUUAUUAUUAUAGGUAGUCUAAAUUUUAAAAUAACUAAUAUUUUCUUAAACAUUAGCGUUGUUAAUUUCUUUGAAGAUGAUCCUUGCAUGGAACUGACUCGACUUCACUUUUUUAUGGGUAUUUGUCUCAAUUUGUUUUUAUUUAAAUGAACACACUCGAUAUAGGUAUCAAUUCUCUCUAAGUUUGCCUCCAGAUAUAUUUAAACCCCUUUAACUCGAAUAUCCUUUUCCCCUAAAAUAGAAAGCUGCAUAUCACAGUGGAGAAUGAAUUAGUAAUUUUUUUACGUUCAUUACAUGCUUCAGGUAGUCGUCAGAAAAAAAUAUUGAGGAGUAAACUGGGAAACUCGCUAGGUUGAAGUUGUAAGUAGUGUAAAGCCUUUGUAACCUGCGCUUACAUGUCCAAAGGAACACACAUUUUAUUCUUGCCAUCGAAAGUUUCAUGGACCCGCGUGUUUUGAAUCAUGUUACCACUGAUAAACGGAAUAACUUGAGGCCAUUGCAUACAUUUAGGCAUACAUUGUUUACAAGUUAGGCAUACAUGUGUUACAAGUUUCUUUCAUCAUUGAGUGGUUGUUUUUUUAUAUCGUUGCGUUAAAGUCACCAGGAAUAUGCGGCAGCUGUUGUCGCUGGUUCUCACGGUGCGGUGGUCCGGUUACGCUGCGGACAAGACCUAACGAAUUAGUAAUCUUGUGCUGGCCUACCAAUAUUUGACUUUGAGACCUCUGCAUAGUCUCUGCAUCGGUGGAAACGCCGAAAUGCUUACGCAACUGUACGUGUUUAGCAGAUAUCUGUUUUGCAGUUUUACAAAUUGAAGGCUUUAUCCUUUAGCACGUGGCAUCACAAAUAGGUUCCUAACAAGAUGAUGAUUUGAGGGCAAAAGAAUAGUUCUCUAAAAUGUUUCUAUAAUUUACUACUUGAAAACUUAAAAAAACUAAAUGAUGAAUCAGCUAUCAUUUUAUGGCGAAACAUUAAAAUACUACGGAAUUUCUGACGAUAGCCGAAGAUGAGGCUUGUAAGUAAAACAAACGGCAAGUGAGUGUUUCCUUUUGGUUUCUUCUUGUUUGCCUCCUCAAUAAUUUCUACCACUUAUUUUUUCUGAUAUCUCUCAGUGGCGAGGCGUGAAUGAUUGACUAUCGAUAUUUCCCCAUUUAAAGCUGUGGCAAAGAAUCGACCAUUAAGGUGUUCGUUGCGAACACCCUGUUUAUCGACCUUUUUCCAUAGGUUAAAUAGUAGAUCAAUCGAUGUAUCGCGAAGCACGCCUUGCCACUGAUAUCUCUGAAUCUUUGUGCUCUUUGUCAUCAUUUCAAAAAUUCACGAGACGUUAUCUAGCGGUGAGGCAACACUGCAACAGUAUUCCCCUUAAUGAAUACUAUAUACAUUUACACAUAAUAAUUGAAACUGCAAUUAUGCAAGCCAAUGUAAAUAAAUUCGUGAGUACAGAGUAAGGCCACUAAUUGUAAAUAUAGUCAGUAUAUGUUGGAGGGCCUUUCUAAAAACUUUAUCACACCAAGUGAAAUUUUAAUUAUCGCUCACUCAUAAAUUUCUUCCCUCACAGUUUAAAAUCCAAAAAUGAACAAAUACAACUAACACAUUGAAAUCAACUGGCUACAUGACACCUCAAUAAUAUGUAAAGUGCACGAAAAAGUCAUGAUGCACAUGUUCUCCCCAGGUCACAAAGUUGAAUACACGUAACAAGCAAGAAUCGAGCAAGCAGAUACCCACAUUUUUUAAUCAUUGACUCGGAAAUAACUAAUAUUGUUGGUGGAUGCUCAAUUAUGUUGUUAAAGUUGUUACUCUUAACAUCACCUGUUACAAUUCUUGGUCUCGAUGAAUGAUUUUUAUAGAAAAAAGAAAGAAAUAUUUUGUGCUUCAAAAUGCAUUCAUGUUCCUUUAAAAUGUCGUAGAUACUUUACGACUUUUACAACUCUCAAGACACGGGUCAAUGAAUUAACAGUCUAUUCAUUGAAAUAAUGAAAGAAGCAUAGGUACAGAGCACUAUAAAUGAUUCUCUUUCAGUCACCAAUUCCUCAAAACUAUGAGUGAUAAUUUACCUUAAAAGACUUUAUUACAAUGCUGUAAUAGGUGCCACAUUCGGCGAGAAUGCUGGAAUAGAAGUAUUUUAGUGAUGACAACUAUUAUUUUUAAGAAUGAUAGAAUAUGUGAUAUAGAUUUUACUUACCUUCUGCUAGUUGAUUAUGAAUGCAAUAAUGUCUUAUGUAUGGCUAAUUUUCUUCUCACUUCAAAAUAAAGUUAUUUUAUCUUCUUUUAUAAU